AUGUAUGGGAGGAUCUGGCCCGCGAUGGACAUGAUCAGGAUGCUCUACAUGUGGGGCCGGCUGCUCGUCAAACCGCCCUGGAGCACUAUUCCAAGGUCCAUGAUCUCCCUCAAGGACUUGGCCCUCGCUCGGCUCCCCACCCAUCUCUUCGCGAUCUGCGGCCCCGCGUCGGUACCACCCUACCCGCACCGCGACGCGAUCGAGGCGCUCGAGGAGUACUUCAACACCCGGCGCACGUUCCCCUUCCUCGACCGCAUGCUCGGUGUCCUCAACGCCCUCGGGCCCUACGGGCGCGCGAUCUGUGACACGUUUGACUUGCUCGACAACGCCAAGCUCCUCAACGUCGUCACCCGCAUCGUCGGCCACAUCGACGCGCUCCUCAUACUCGCCCGCACCGUCCGCCGCGGAGCGCAGAACAUCGGCGUGCUCGGCGUCGUCGACGCGUACUACAGGUGCCUGCCGAAGAAGCGCACCGACGAGUCCUGGGACGGGCAGUCCGGAGGCUGUCGACUCGGACUGAACCUGCGCGGACCCUGCUCCCCGACCGCGACCAGCUGCUGCGUACUAUUGUGA